AUGAAGCUCUGCAACGCCCUCUCCCUCAUCGCCACCGCGAUCCUCUCCAUCACCCUGUCAGCCGAGAUGUGCACUGCGUCCUCCACGCUGAGCUACCGCGUGCCGGGCGUCGGCGACUUUGAGGUGACGACCGACGACAACAACGCGAGCCAGCUGUGCUUCUACACCCUCGGCGGCGCAAAGGCGCCGUGGCAUCUCGGCUCGUCGAUCGAUGGGCCGCUGUUCCAGGACGUAACUAUCAAGUGCGUCCCCGCCAACAAGAAUGCCAAGACGGCCCGCGCCGUCGGCGAGCUCGAGAAUGCGCACCGUAGAGUCGAGUACUAUGUCUACAUCUACGGCGGCCAGCAUGUGAUUGGCGUGCUGCACAACGACAACUCCUGA